ACAAAAAGAUUGGCCCAAUCAGAAGGUGUUAAAACUGGGCCUGAAAUAAUUAUUCAAUCUUCUCUUCUCAGACCUACUCUUCUCUCUCUGGGGGUUUUCGACAUCUUGUGACUGUGUUUUCCGUUACAGGAAAAUAAAAAUGGGUAUUAUUGAGAAGAUCAAAGAAAUUGAAGCCGAAAUGGCUCGGACCCAGAAAAACAAAGCCACAGAGUAUCAUCUUGGGCAGCUCAAGGCGAAGAUAGCAAAACUAAGGACACAAUUAUUGGAGCCUCCGAAAGGUUCUAGUGGAGGCGGAGAAGGAUUUGAAGUUACAAAAUUUGGCCAUGGACGUGUUGCGCUGAUUGGAUUUCCAAGUGUGGGGAAGUCUACUCUUUUGACAAUGUUAACGGGCACACACUCUGAAGCUGCAUCUUAUGAGUUCACAACUCUGACCUGUAUUCCUGGGAUUAUACACUAUAAUGAUACUAAAAUUCAGUUACUUGAUCUUCCUGGAAUUAUUGAAGGUGCUUCUGAAGGCAAGGGACGAGGGAGACAGGUUAUUGCGGUUGCUAAAUCUUCAGACAUAGUGUUGAUGGUUCUUGAUGCUUCCAAAAGUGAGGGUCAUAGGCAAAUAUUGACCAGAGAGCUGGAAGCGGUGGGCUUGAGAUUAAACAAGAGACCCCCUCAGAUAUAUUUUAAAAAGAAAAAGACGGGAGGAAUUUCAUUCAACAGCACUUUGCCUUUGACUCAUGUGGAUGAGAAGCUGUGUUAUCAGAUCCUGCAUGAGUACAAGAUUCACAAUGCAGAGGUCCUUUUCCGUGAGGAUGCUACAGUGGACGAUCUCAUAGAUGUCAUUGAAGGAAACCGAAAAUACAUGAAGUGUGUAUAUGUAUACAACAAGAUAGACGUCAUUGGUAUUGAUGAUGUGGACAGAUUAGCUCGACAACCUAAUUCUGUUGUCAUUAGCUGCAAUUUGAAGCUGAACUUAGACAGACUACUUGCAAGGAUGUGGGAUGAAAUGGGUCUGGUUAGAGUUUACACAAAACCACAAGGCCAGCAACCAGAUUUCUCUGAUCCCGUGGUUCUUUCCGCUGAUAGAGGAGGCUGCACUGUAGAAGAUUUCUGCAACCAUAUUCACAGAAGUUUGGUGAAGGAUGUCAAGUAUGUUCUGGUCUGGGGCACUAGUGCAAGGCACUACCCACAACAUUGUGGUCUUAGUCAUAAUCUUCGUGACGAAGAUGUGGUUCAAAUUGUUAAGAAAAAGGAAAAGGAAGAGGGAGGAAGGGGAAGAUUUAAAUCACAUUCCAAUGCACCUGCUCGGAUAUCUGACAGAGAGAAGAAGGCACCACUGAAGACAUAAUGUGUCAUAGGAGACUACCUGUGAUUUCAUUGAUUUGCCUGGUGGAUUGGAAAAAUGACCAGAGUUUAUGAUACAUCCAAAGCAAAGGUUCUUAUAAUGAUAGCUCUUGCAACAUAGGAUUGAAUGCUCCUAUGUUUUUUGCCACCCAAGUGUUGUAACACCACCCCCACCCCCUGAAAUAAUAGUUUUUUAUCAAUUAUGAAGUGUGCAUCUUUGACUUGAAGAGAAGCAGAAGUAAAGGAAACGGGCACUGCAUCUUAAAAA